UGCAGACUCUCACAGGACGUGUGUGUCAGGAGUUGGUUCAUUUAUUUUUCUACUGCAAACAAACCGUCUUUUCACUUGGAUAUAUUUUAUCACUUGUACUUCGAAGUUAAACCUCUUUUUGGGGGGGGGUGGGGAGUUUUUUGAAAUUGUGUGGGGGAAACCUCGACGGGGAGAUAAAACAAGAAAAGCAAGAGUCAAAAGAAGAAGACGUAAAGACACAAACCUGGAGGAGGAAAAGGGCGUUCAUACUUCGAAGUAACCAUGGAAGUUCCUGGUAUGCAGAGUUCUCAGAUCGAUCCAGAGGAGUUGUUCACCAAAUUGGAUCGGAUUGGAAAAGGAUCUUUUGGAGAGGUGUUUAAAGGUAUCGAUAAUCAUACUCAGAGUGUUGUUGCAAUUAAGACCAUUGACCUGGAGGAGGCUGAGGAUGAGAUCGAGGACAUCCAGCAAGAGAUCACAGUUCUCAGUCAGUGCGACAGUCCGUACAUCACCAAGUACUUCGGCUCCUAUCUGAAGGGCAGUAAACUAUGGAUCAUCAUGGAGUAUCUUGGUGGAGGCUCAGCACUCGACUUGCUCCGGGCGGGUCCAUUUGAUGAGUCUCAGAUUGCCACCAUGCUGAAGGAGAUCCUGAAAGGGCUUGACUACCUGCACUCUGAGAAGAAGAUCCACAGAGACAUCAAAGCUGCCAACGUCCUGCUGUCGGAGCACGGUCAGGUGAAGCUGGCGGACUUCGGGGUGGCCGGUCAGCUGACAGACACGCAGAUCAAAAGGGAAACUUUUGUGGGUACGCCGUUCUGGAUGGCUCCCGAGGUCAUCCAGCAGUCCGCCUACGACUCCAAGGCUGAUAUUUGGUCACUGGGCAUCACUGCCAUCGAGCUUGCCAAGGGAGAACCUCCGAACUCAGACAUGCAUCCGAUGCGAGUGCUGUUCCACAUCCCCAAGUCUCCUCCUCCGACGCUGAGUGGAGAUUUCUCCAAGAGCUUCAAAGAGUUCACCGAGUCUUGCCUCAACAAGGACCCUGCCUUUCGUCCCACAGCCAAGGAGCUCCUCAAACACAAGUUCAUUGUUAAACACUGUAAGAAGACAUCCUACCUCAGUGAGCUGAUUGACAGGUACAGGAGGUGGAAAGAGGAGGGGCACACCGACAGCAGCUCUGAUGACUCAGACAGUGAGUCCAGUAAUAAGGAGAACAGUGAAUCUCCCGAGUGGUCCUUCACCACUGUCCGCAAGAAGAAGACGGAGGGCAGGAAGUUCAUCAAUGGGACGAGUCAGGAUCAGCUGAGUAAAUCUGCCAGUCUGGCCACAGUCAUCUCUCCUGUCUUCACUGAGUUGAAACAGCAGCACAAGGAGCACUCUGAGCAGCGAUUGGCCAUCGAGGAGCUCGAACGCAACAUCCGGUUGGCUGAAGACGUCUGUCCAGGCAUCACAGACAGGAUGGUCACACACAUCAUUGCCAGGUACCAGAAAUUCACGACCAACUGAAGGACAGAUGGAUCUAAAAAAAGGAAGUACGUUAUGUGAAGAGAGACUGUGUCUCCAUACAGCGAUGCUGCUGGAUGAUGGAAACAGAGGAGAUUUGCUGUGCGAUGUCUCCUUACUGCGCACACACACACACAUCACAAACACACACACACACUAAUGUAAUAUAUUCAGCAUAUAUUCACUGCGGCUGGUUGAAGGCCUUUUUUCUCCACAAGUUGGAUUCGAAAGACAGCUGCGUGUCUGAAGUUUUGAAAGUAGAAUCUGAGUUGUCAGUUAGAUUUGUGGUUUUCAUUUCCCCCUUUUAGGGUCAUGAACCUCUCCAUUAAUUUUUUGAAAAUGUAAUCAUUUCUUGAGCUUGAGCAUUUUUGAAUGAUGAGCAGACAUUUUGGUCAAACUUAAUUCAAACAUAAGUCCCUAAGUCAGUCUACCUAAGUUAUAUUUAAACUUCCUAAAUUACCAUGAUUUGCCUUUAAUUAUUUAUGCUUUCAUUUUCUAAAAGUUUUAAUGGAGGUGUCAUGUUUUUGUUGAAACCGCAAACAGACAAAUAUAGAGAAGAGGGUUCCUGACCAUCAGCAGUGGUAUGUUUUGUGUCAUGACUUUGUAGAUGUCUAUAUGUUUGUUCGCUAGCACUUGAGACAGAUUAUAUGCCAUUAUUACAUAUUUUUUGUUGUCUUCAGUGAUGCUUUAAAUUACAGUUCCCUGACCCAGAGAAGAUCUUGUCUACUCUUCAAAGACUAACACAUAAGCCUAACAUAUGUUUUUAGGAUUGUCAUUUUAGCUCUGAAAUAGAAAUGCUAUCAAAGAUGUACUCCACCGCGGGAACAAUGCUGAGGACAGGAGAAAAGAAAUCAGAAUCCCCAGCUUUACUGACAGAUUUAUAUGGUAAAUAUUUUGAACACACAGUGUGGAAGACCUUCCUUAAAGUUGAACACACUUGAGGAAUCUUAAAAACAUUUUUAUUUUAUGUUUCCCCGGCGAGAAACAUGUAAAAACUGAUCCUUUUUAGGUAUCCAGACUAAUUUUUUAACCCAUUUUUGGGACCUGCCAAACUCUAGCCCAGCUAGGCAGCUAGUGGCUUGCUAACUAGUAAGCUAGCAGGCUAACUGUUGUUGUACCCGUUUCCAAAAGUACUUGCUAACUUUAACUAUUAAAUGUGUGUAGACUA